AUGUCUUCCGGAUUCACCGUUAUUAACUUCGAUCACGCAGAGAAUGUUCGAAUCAGGAUCCCUGAAGAUGGCCAGCCUGUUCCAAUAAACUACUACUUUGGCAACAUUGGUCUCCUUUUCCUUGACACCAAUAUUAACCCUGGAUCGAUUAAUAUUUCCGCUGGAAACAUCCGAGUAAUCCACAACUGGGCCGAAACUGCCAUAGGUGCGAUCACGGUCUCGGCUGAUAACAUUGGAAUCGUCUUUCACUACUACCACACUGGGUCUGAGGCUGUCACUAUUGAUGCCGACAACAUUGACAUGAUCUACAAUCGUUCGUGA